GGGGAAGGGGGAGGAGGGAGUGAGUGGACGCAUUUAUUGCAGCAAGCCGAUUAUUGAAGGCUACUUGAUGAGCCUCAAUGGCAGUUGGUCCGCUCACGUUGAAGCAGGAGGAGGAUGAAACUGCACACACUUUUUUUCUUUUCAUUUUGAUGACUUGUGUUGACUUUCUACUCUUUCAGUGACGUAAGAAUGAAAGUUUGAAGUUGCACCUGAAAGAAAAUGACUAGCCCUUGCAGGAGCCUAGGUGACCCCAAAGGCAUCAACGACAGUCCCUGUCACAAACCCGAGCCUCCUCGGUACCGCAGCUGGGGAAGCCUCCGCUUCUCGCGCUGGAGAAGCGGCUCCCAGAAGGCCAGCUGUCCCGGGACGCCCUCCCCGAAGACGGACAAGAAGAGCGACGUGAGCAGGACGCUCUUCUCGCUGGUCAAGACGCACAACGACGACUACACGGCAGACCCCAGCGGCCUGCUGGACGUCAACGGUGAAGACGACGAUGGUUGUGAUGACCAUGCGAUCCUGGACCAGUCCACCUAUUUCCAGAAACAGUUUGGCUCCAUGCUGCAGCCCGGCGUCAACAAGUUCUCGCUGCGAAUCUUUGGAAGCCAAAAGGGUGUCGCUGCAGAACAGGCCAGGGUCAAAUCCUUUGGAGUAUGGAUCAUUCACCCUUACAGUGACUUCAGGUUCUACUGGGACCUUGUGAUGCUCCUGCUAAUGAUGAGCAAUCUGGUGCUGCUGCCGUGGGGCAUCACCUUCUUCGAGGACCAGAACACCAUCCCGUGGGUCACUUUCAACGUCCUCUCCGACACAUUCUUCCUCCUGGACCUUAUCUUCAACUUCCGCACGGGCAUCCUGGGCGAGGACAGCCACAUCGUGCUGGACCCCAAGCAGAUCCGCGUGCACUACCUGCGCUCCUGGUUCCUGGUAGACUUCGUCUCGUCCAUCCCCGUGGAUUACAUCUUCCUGGUGGUGGACUUGGAGUCGCUGCAUGACUCGUCUGACAUGUACCGCACCGCCCGCGCCCUUCGCAUCGUGCGCUUCACCAAAAUCCUCAGCUUGCUGCGACUCCUCCGCCUGUCUCGCCUCAUUCGCUACAUCCACCAGUGGGAGGAGAUGUUCAACAUGACCUAUGACCUGGCCAGUGCAGUGGUGCGAAUCGUUAACUUGAUCGGCAUGAUGCUUCUGCUUUGCCACUGGGACGGCUGCUUGACAUUCAUGGUGCCCAUGCUGCAAGACUUCCCACCCGACUGCUGGGUGUCUAAAAAUAACAUGGUGAACGCCACUUGGCACAUCCAGUACUCUUAUGCCCUCUUCAUGGCGAUGAGUCACAUGCUGUGCAUCGGGUACGGCGCCUACCCACCGGAGGGCAUGAGCGACGUCUGGCUGACUAUGAUGAGCAUGGUGGUGGGGGCCACCUGCUACGCCAUGUUCCUGGGCCACGCUGCCAACCUGGUGCAGUCUUUAGACGCUUCGCAUCGCCAAUACCAAGAGAAGUACAAGCAAGUGGAGCAGUACAUGUCGUUCCAUAAGCUGCCAGCAGAUGUCAGGCAGAAGAUUCAUGACUACUAUGAGCAGCGAUUCCAAGGCAAGAUGUUCGACGAAGACAGCAUCUUGGGAGAGCUCAGUGAUCCGCUAAAAGAGGGGUGGCACUUUCGUGACCUCUGUGGUGCUUUUUUUGUGGACUUUUGGAUCUGCCUCCCGGGAGCCUUUUGGCCAUGGAGACCAGCUGCUGGAUGUCUGCCACACCGGAGUCGGUUUGGAGGGACUGGAGGAGAUGCGGAUGAGGGGAUAGGGCUGCAGAGCUAGCACUGAGCGCUGGGACGGAGAGGCUUCGCGGUGUCUUGGCUGGGUGAGCAGUUGUCGGACACCUCAGUCUCCUUGGACGUAUCAUCGCUCAUCCAUGCGGACUGGACACUGGCCAAGAGUGGAGUCGGUUGUCUUGGUUGCUUUGUUGGGUCUGCUCCUGUCUCUGGCCAUGCUCCCUCCUCCCCAGCAGACGAUUGCGUGGAACUCUGCAGAGGCCGCCAGUGUAUAUGUUUCUUUUAGUUUUCAUUCAUAGCUGUAUGUAGAAGUGUCUGGUUGUAUCUGCUGCUUUAAUGUCUUUAAUGUCCUCUGUGUUCUUUGAUGUUUGAUGUUUCCCUCUUACAGACAUGUAAGAGGGAUGUGUACUAUGGCUAUGAGUUGUUUUUUCUCCUUGGCCUCAGUCUGCACCCCCUCUCCAGGGCCCAGGCUAAGACCGAUUUUUUUAUUUUAUUUUAAUCUUCUAAUAUUUUCUCCGAUUCCCCCCCCCCCUUUGUUUACCUGUAUAUCAUCUUUUUUGUAAGGGCCGCUGGAAGUCGGCAGACCCGUCAGCGAUCCUGUUCUGUCUCCCUGUAAUAUUUGUUUGAUCUUGAAUGGGAUUGUGCUGAAAAUUGUAAUUUUCCUGACGGAAUAAAUAAAGUACUAUCUAAUCUAAUCCAUCUAAUAUUGCAUAUGUUGUGUGUUUGCAAUAAAAACAAUGUUUUUGUUACAAAACUGGCACAAAACAACCAAAAACACGUGAAAAUAAUAUCUUAUAAUCGACAGAUCAAGCUGAAGUUGAUCUUAUAAUUAAAGCGUUCAAAGUAAAAAAAAAAAAAAGAAAGGAUGACUUCAGUGAGGGGGGGCCCUUUUGAAUACCCAAUAAUUUUACACUGUCAU